AUGGCGGCCGGAGGCUCACAAGUACCAACUUCGCUGAAGGCUAUCGCGCCCUACAUCAAAAUCGCCGUAAUGCACGACGCCAAAAAUCCUGUGAUCGCCUAUUGGUGCCGGUUCUACGCGCUCGAGAAAGGUCUCAAGAUCAACAAGAGUGACGACGAUCGAAAUUAUCUGAUGUCUCUUAUGGACCUGCUGGAGAAAGCGAAACAACAGAACCAUGACGAUGAAGCGUACUCCAACGAUCUUGUCGCACAAAGUCAGAUCGAGGCCCACGCCCUGAAACUCUUCAACGUAGCCGAUCAGCAGGACAAGAACGCCAAUUUCGAUACCAGCCUCAUCAGGAUCUUCCACACAGCGGGCUACUUGUUCGACGUUCUGGGUAGCUUCGGUGAGAUCAGCGAAGAAAAUCUACGCUUGAGCCGCUAUGCAAAAUGUAAAGCGGCCGAUAUUCACAAGUGUUUGAAAGAGGGUCGUCAACCCGUUCCCGGGCCUAUGAAGGGAGACGACGAAGGUUUUGAGGAAGACGGUCUGGGCGCUGGCGCGAAUGCGAGAGCUGCCGGUCCGUCAAAUUUCGUUCCCACGCCCAUGCCUCGAGCGAAUGUCGGCGGAGGCGAGUUCGACAUGGGGUUGCCUCAGGUGCCGCAGGCGCCCGCGGCCCCACAAGAUCCCGCGCCGUCGGCGCAUCCGCCGCCUCAAGUACCUCAACAGCCUCCCAGAGACGAGAGUCUGGGCGCGUACCCGAAGGUUCCGCAGUAUUCGAACACUGCGUCAGUAGCACCGGCGGCUCCCGUGCCUGUACCGCCCCCCACUCCGGCUGGCGGUUUGCCGAGCAUAUCUACGGAUCAAGUUUUGAAAGCUCAAAAAUAUUGUAAAUAUGCUAAUAGUGCUCUCACGUAUGAGGACAUCAAUACGGCUGUUCUUAACCUCCACAAAGCGCUAGCUUUACUCACGACGGGAGUGGAUCCACAAUGAUCAUCUUAGCUUUCGUGGCAGAAGUCUCGGGAAUC